AGGCGGUCACUGUAGCUCUCACGGAUCGAACCGCUCAUUGACUCAAACAUGGAGUUUGCUAUGGUGGGCGCGGACGGCGGCAGCCACAUGCCUUACGGGUAUGCCCAAGCUCGCGCACGGGAGAGGGAGCGCGAAAGAGAGCGCCAGGUAGCCCAGACGAGAGCCGCGGCUGCUGCAGCCGCUGCCGAAGGAGGCUCCGGUGCGGAGGGAGGAGGAGGCGGCAGUGGAGGUGGAAAUAGUGGUGGUGGCGGCUGCGGCAGCAAUGGGGGGUCCACCUCCUCCUCCUCCUCCUCCUCCUCGAGCGCUCAUCUCCUUAACAACCGCCAGCAUCAGUCUCGCGCCGCCUCCUCCUCCACGAACGCCAACAUCAGCAGCAGCGGUACCGCCUCGCGCCCCUCCUCCUCCUCCUCAACCUCCUCCACCUCCUCCUCCUCGCAGCACCAGCAGGAGCCCGAGCAACAACAGAGAGUUCUCAGAGAGCGGAAAAAGCAGCGCGGCGUCGGACGCUGGAGACGCAGCCGGACGCAGACUCUCGGCGGUGACCUGCGCCAGUCGGAGCUGAGGCUGCUCGGAUCCGAGGAGGACAUCAUGAUACAGGAGGAAGACGAGACUGAAGGUGCCGAGGAAGAGGAGGAGGAGGAGGGGGAGGAGGAGGAGGGGGGCCGGGGAAGCAAGAGGUCGAGUUUUCUGUGUAACAUGGAUGAUGAAGAGGAGACGGUGUCGCUCACGGACAGGCGCCCUCAGUCCGGGUACGAAAACAUUUACAGCGAGUGCUGCUGCGAGAGAGUUGUCAUCAACGUGUCGGGGCUGAAGUUUGAAACUCAGCUCAAGACUCUCACUCAGUUCCCAGACACGCUCCUGGGAGACCCCGACAAGAGAAUCAGGUACUUUGACCCGCUGAGGAACGAAUACUUCUUCGACCGGAACAGACCGAGUUUUGACGCCAUUCUGUACUUUUACCAGUCAGGGGGGCGGUUGAAAAGACCCGUCAAUGUCCCGUUUGAUAUAUUCUCCGAGGAAGUGAAGUUUUAUGAACUCGGGGACGAAGCGAUACUAAAGUUCCGUGAGGAUGAAGGUUUUGUAAAAGAGGAGGAAAAGCCUCUGCCGGAGGACGAGUUCAAGCGCCAAAUUUGGCUGCUUUUUGAGUAUCCAGAGAGCUCGAGCCCUGCCCGGGGAAUAGCGGUGGUGUCUGUGCUGGUUAUAGUUAUUUCCAUUGUUAUUUUCUGCCUGGAGACGCUGCCGGAGUUCAGGGAUGAAAAAGAGUAUCUACAGCCACGAGUCAACUCCACUCAGCCAGACCACGGAUUUACUCCUUUCAACGACCCGUUUUUCAUCGUGGAGACGGUCUGCAUCAUCUGGUUCUCCUUUGAGAUUAUAGUCCGCUUCUUUGCAAGUCCGAGCAAACCCGCUUUCUUCAAAAACAUUAUGAACUCUAUAGACAUUGUUUCCAUUUUGCCUUAUUUCAUAACUCUCGGCACGGACCUGGCACAGCACCAAGGCAAAGGGGAGCAGGCGAUGAGCUUUGCCAUCCUGAGAAUAAUCCGCCUUGUAAGAGUGUUUCGCAUCUUCAAACUUUCCAGGCACUCAAAGGGGCUGCAGAUCCUGGGUCAUACCCUGCGCGCCAGCAUGAGGGAGCUGGCCCUCCUCAUUUUCUUCCUGGUCAUUGGAGUCAUCCUCUUCUCCAGCGCGGUCUACUUCGCCGAGGCAGACGAGCCUACAUCUCAGUUCACGAGCAUCCCGGACGCGUUCUGGUGGGCCGUGGUGACCAUGACAACGGUGGGUUACGGUGACAUGAAGCCCAUCACAGUCGGGGGGAAGAUAGUGGGCUCCCUGUGCGCGAUCGCUGGUGUGUUAACCAUCGCGCUCCCGGUGCCAGUCAUAGUGUCCAACUUUAACUACUUUUACCACAGGGAGACGGACAACGAGGACCAGACGCCGGCGGUAGAAAGCAUGCCCCCGGGCUGCCCCUACUUCCCGGACUUCUUGAGGAAAUUCAAAGGCUCACCCUCGGGCUCCUCGCUGGGUGACAAAGCGGAGUAUAUGGAGAUGGAGGAGGGGGUGACGGAGUCACUUUGCGGGCUGGACAAGAGCCCGAGUAAAGGAAACGGAACAGACAUAGGAAGGAGAAACAGUACUAACUCAAAAUCCAUUCAGACUGACGUGUGAUCAAAGUAGAAUUUCGUUGUUGUCUUUUUAAGUGAAAUACGCCCCAUAAAAGACACUGCACGAGCAGGUGGUCCCCCAACACAAGUUUUACGCACGCCUCAGACCAUACACUCUCACUCACACUCAUAGGCCACUAAUUGGCAGGUUAGAAUAUUUCUUUCUCCUCAGAUCACAACAAAAGUUUCUCCCGAAUCCUCUCCACGCCGAGGUGCAAUUAAGGCCAAUACUCACCUAAAUGGGUUGAUUAAUUAAGUCAUUUAACCUUUCCGUGCUUCCAAAUCUGACGAUAAAUCGAAAUUCUCGACAGGACAGGCUAUGCAUACGCACUUUAUGGGUUUCAUCUGUCAAUAACAGAAAGGGUAGACAUGAUCGUUUUGCUGAUAUGCAAUAAAGAUACAUUUUGUUUGCACUAAUGUAGAAUCUGCGCAGGGUUAGGCUGGUUUUUAUUUUAGAGACAGAAACUGUAGGCCAUGCAAAUGGCAACAAUUUGGUCCUCCUCUGACCACUUAGCUGAAGAAUGUUUGACUAACUUCCUCACAGAGAGCAAACUAAGGUUAUGAACAACCUCUUUCAUGUUUUGCCAAUAAAAAUUGGACCUCAGUAAAGGAAAAGUCGAAGACAGAUAAAGAAAACUUUUAUUAAUGUUCCAACAUUUAUUAUAAACAAAACGCUCAUUGAUAAUACGACAUAGCAUUUAGAAGUCAUCAAAUAAAGCAGGGCUAGAGUUAUUUCUAUGAAAUCUACACAAACAUGCGUUUCCACAACAGGCCAAAAAAAAGCCUUGUGUUGUCGAGCCACCAUGAGAGCUAAGCACAGGAAUCAUUCAGAGUCAAACGUGGCUGGAGAAAUGACUCGCCUCGCCAGGUUUUGUAUGGACAGGCUUGGGGCCUUGGCGACAACAGUUUCCCCAGCUUCAUAGAAACAACCUCAAACAGACAAUAUCCCUUUACAAGGACGCAGAUGGAAAGCUAUAGCAAAAAUGACUCUGUUGUGGAAACUCCUCCGAGGGGAGUUUGCGAGCAACUUCCUCUCCUGUCCGCUGGACUUCGUGCACAAAAUGUUACUUUUUUUCCUCAAGAGGACUAUGAUUAUCUCCGAGCUCAGAUGAUGGUCGGGAUGUGGAUGUCUUCCAAGUGCUGCCAGUAACAAGGAGAGGGAGUUUCCCCCACAUAUCUGGAAACUGCAGACAACAAGCAAAACAAUGUAACUCGUCGUCUUGAGCACAACAGGAGACAGAUAAAAGCAACAACUGAACAGGACUCGGCAUUAGGACGAGUGGGGACGAGGGCUCCUGUGUGACAUCAGUAAACAAACAAACUCUGGAAGGGUUAAGACUGGAGUUGAAAAAUGAGUAAGUCGUGGCCCAAAAUGAUUGCCUUAAUUACUACACAUAAACAGAUGUAUGAAGCGAUGAAACUAAGAGACUUAUAAAAGUACAAAGAUGUUUUAUUUACAUGUGAAAAAAGUGUCUUGUAAGGAACAGAUGUGAAUAUUUUACUAUGAUAGAGAUAAUGUUUGGUUGUAACGUCGACAUAAUGUUUUAGUUGGGUCGGCUUUGUAGGUGUCAUUGGUUCCUAAAUGGUGAGUUUGCUCUCUGCUCAUGUGCAGGCAGCAGUGCGACUUAAUCUAUUUUUAUCUUGUUUCAUAUUGUCAACCAAACAAGGCUGGCCUGAGUUGCUCACUCAAACGCUGGCAACAAACUCUUAAAUUCAUAUCGUGUCAUAACACAUGAAAAUCCUCAUUCAGAAUGUGUAUAGAGGGGGUGGGAGAGAUAUAUAAGACCUAUAUUGACUGGCUCAAUGCUACACACUGAAAUACAUCAGAAGAAUAUCCUCUUACAUUAAGAUCCACUUACACUGAAGCAAAGAUGUCAGGCACAUAAACACCGUCAUGAAUAUCUGCCACACUCACUUUCUAUCACAGAAAAACAGCAGACGAAACUUGCUGGGCUCUCACCGCCCCCCAAGAAUCAUCUGCGUAGAGACAAAAUACCUUAGGUUUUUUUCUCAGAUGCAAAUUUAGAGCUGACCAGCUGCUUUGUUGAUAUGUUUUCACUUUGAAUUUAACUGUAUGCAAAAGUAACAUGGACGUGUGUUCUAUAUUUUUUUAAACCUAGCCUUGAUAAUUACAUAACCAAAGGUGAAACCCUGAGUUUAUUGUAUGUUGUGGACUUCUGGAAAAUGUUGUGAAAUAGAUGCACACUGAAUAGGAAAAAAAUGUACAUAGCAGACAUUUAUACUUGUGUGUCCUAAGACGUGUUGCAGAUAGAGUAAUUUGAGACUUUUUACUUUCUUUGACUGUUAUGACCAUCCACCAUUAUCAUCUGUGUUUGUCCUCACUGAUUCUAUCAUGUUGCUCAUAUUGUUGCGAAUGCUGCUCCAAUAUUCUUCAU